AUGGAACCUCAGAGAUCAUACAUACAGGUAAUGGAAGGCAAACUGAAGUACCUGUCGAUCUUAUCAUCUGGCAUGGAGGCAAUGCUCACCAGCGGUCAGCACUCCGAUGUGACAGUGGAGGUCGGAGAUCGAAGGUUUCUGUGUCACAAAGUGGUUCUAGGUGCUAUCUCCCCCUACUUUGAGGCAAUGUUUUCACAUGACAUGCGUGAGAACCUGGACAACCUUGUGACCCUACAUGACAUUGAUCAAGACGUAUUUGAUAGUGUAUUGCAGUACAUCUACACUGGUAAAAAUGUUGUCUGUGAACUCAAUGUUGAAAAAGUUUUCCAAGCAGCCUCUCUGAUGCAGAUUCCGUGUUUGCAGGAGCGUUGUGAAGAGUUCCUUCUGGCUCAAGCAUCUUAUGAAAAUUGUAUAGGUAUAUGGAAGAUUGCUAAAGCUCACAACAGGAUGAAACUAGCGGACAAAGUGUGGAUCACCAUUUUGGAAAACUUUCCUGUUAUAUCUACCACAGAAGAUUUCCCAAAUCUAGAUGCAGAUGAACUUGUCAGUAUCAUCAAUAGUGAUCACCUCAACUCACCCAGUGAGGAGUUUAUUUGUGACGUGGCCAUACAGUGGGUCAACCACAGUUCAGAGGAGAGACAGGAUAAGCUGCAUGAGAUCUUAGGGAGUCUUCAUCUCCCCCUAGUCUCAAGUGACUACCUUUUCAACUUCAUGGACAAAACUCCCUACAUCAAGACUGAUCCAAGGUGUAUGCGAUUGCUAUUGGAGGCACUCAAAUACCACACUUGUGUUUCUCGACGUCAAGACUUCACAUCACCUCAGGCAUGCUGCAGACAGAACGGAACAAAGGAUGAUGUAUUAGUGGUGAUAGGAGGACUCUUAUCGACAACUCCGCGUUAUCAAACCACUAAGGAAGUUCUGUGUUUCAGUUUUCAGCAACAUCGAUGGUUCUAUCUCCCAUCUCUCCCAUACGACCCUGGAUAUGAGUUUGCUGCCUGCACCUAUGCAGACAGGCUGUUUAUAUCUGGGGGAUGGCUUAAACUUCAGGGUAUGGCAGAGUACAAGACACACAAGAAUCAAUGGGAAGUGUGUGCUUCUCUCUGUAAUGGGCGCUGUGGCCAUGUCAUGGUGGCAGUUAACGAUUCCAUUUUUGUGAUUGGGGGACGAGAUGGUCGUGCUCCAGCAAUCACAAGUAUUGAAGAGUUCAAUCUUCAGACAGAGAAGUGGACCAAUGCUGGUGACCUGGUACUGGGUGUCAGGUCUACCUCUGCCUCAGUCAUUGGGGAGAAAGUCUUUGUGUUUGGUGGAAUCACUGAGUCAGACAAGGAUUCUAACUCUGUCCAAUGCUUUGACUCCCGAAUGAGGACAUGUACCAUUAUUGGUGACCUUCCCUUUACCUGUAGACUUACUCGGACAGUAUCCUUGGAUACAAAUGUAUAUGUAUUAGCGCCAGAUGGACGAGUACUUCAGUUCAAAGACCCAACACACAUGAACAAUGUUCUGAAUGCAUCAUCACCCCGUGGUCGACUGGAUUCCUCUAACUCUGAUACAAGUAUUUCUGAUACUGAACCAGGCUCUUCUACUUCUUCAGAAGUUUCUAUUCUGACUCUGGGCAAACUGAGGUGUCGGCUUCCAAACUUCAGUCAACAUCACUUUGAAGUCAUUCAAUACAGAGGGAAGAUCUUGCUUGUGGGAGGCAAAACACCAGAUAAUAACAUCCUGAAAAAUGUCAAGGUCAUUGAUCUGAACAAGAAAAAUCUGGAGAUUGAGUCCAUGGAAAAUCUAGAGAUGCCAUCUGCUCGCUGGUGUUUUGGAUGUGUAAAGUCUGUAAUACGUCGUGACUAUCUCAACAAUGAGAUAUGUGGUUAG